UGUUACGUUUUCAUCCAAUCACUGUUGGAGUGGAAAGCGUAUCUCGACGGAGAUUGGUUAAAUCAUAUGUCAGUCAUUACUCAGACCUGUCAGAUUCAGGAGCGGAGCUUCUCAGGGCUCACAGAUGGGCCUGUUGUGUAUCAAUGUAGAUGAGGCUCGAGCAGAUAUGAUCUUCUAAGCAACAAAGAUAUUUCGCACACAUCACCUGAACCCCAGGACCCCCCAUCCCAUCAUCACCAUGGAGACCACCAAAAACUAUGUGCUGAUCCAUGGGAAGAACAUAUCCCAUAAUAUCCCAGCUGGUUCUGCUGCGGGGCCUCACAUGUCCAUUGACAAGCUGUUCCCGGCUCUCCUUGAGUGCUUUGGCAUUAUAUUGUGUGGGUACAUAGCUGGCAGGACAGAUAUCAUCACAGAGAGUCAAGCCAAGGGUUUGAGGAACUUUGUGUCCAAGUUUGCUCUCCCUGCUCUUCUGUUUAAAAACAUGGUGCUGUUAGACUUUGGAAAUGUCAUCUGGGCGUUUCUCUGGAGUGUCCUGGUUGCUAAGGUGACAGUGUUUGUGCUGGUAUGUGUCCUGACAUUGGUGGUAGCCAGUCCAGACAGUAGAUACAGCAAGGCUGGUCUGUAUGCUAUCUUCGCUACACAGAGCAAUGACUUUGCUUUGGGAUACCCCAUAGUUGAUGCUUUGUAUCAGAGUACAUACCCAGAAUACCUCCAGUACAUCUACCUAGUUGCCCCGAUCUCACUCAUGCUCCUCAAUCCCAUUGGCUUUGCUCUUUGUGAGGUGCAGAGGUGGAGGCAGGCCAGCCAUCAACAGCACAGCACUCUGGGCAUUUUGGGAGUUGUAGUCUUAAAGGUACUGAAGAACCCAAUAGUGUUCAUGGUGAUCGUGGGAAUCAUCUCCCACUUUGCCUUGGCUCAGCGGAUCCCUGCUGUGUUGUCAGAGUUCAUAGAUGGUCUGGCUGACUCAUUUGGAGGAGCUGCCUUAUUUUACCUUGGCCUCACCAUGGUUGGCCAGCUUAAAAAACUAAACAGAAACACCGGAGUGGCCUUGAUACUCCUGAUCACAGCUAAACUGCUGGUGAUGCCAUUGGUCUGUAAAGACAUGGUGGAUAUUCUGAAUGCAGAAGUCAACAGCACGAGUGCCAACCACUCCAGUUUGUCCAACUUUGCUUUCCUAUAUGGAGUCUUCCCAACUGCACCUAGUGUGGCCAUCUACGCUGGACACUAUAACAUGGAGUUGGAGGUGGUAACAUCAGGGAUGGUAAUCAGCACGUUUCUGUCUGCACCAAUCAUGUACGUGUCAGCCUGGUUAUUGACAAUCCCUCUGAUGGACCCAGCCCCGCUGGUGACAGAGCUUGAAAACAUUAGCUUCAACAUUAGCAUUGUCAGCCUCGUAGCACUGGUGUGGACCAUAACGGUGAUGUUGCUCAGCAAGAAAUUUAACAAACUUCCUCACUUCUUUGCCUUAAACCUUUUCCUGGCUCAGUUCCUAGUGUGUGUCAGUAUGAUCCUGUGGAACUUCUUGGUGAAACAAGAGGAUAAUCUUCUUGGCAAAAUUUUCACCUUCACUGUGCUCUAUGGGUCUCUGUACAGUACCUACGUUUGGACAGGUUUAAUCCCUCUUUGUCUGGCUCUGACUAUCAGAGACGAUCUGCUGAGACUCCGCCCAGGAGUAUUCGUGGUUUUGGGCUGGGGGGUUCCUUUCUUGAUGGUUGGAGGUCUUCUUAUAUCAGGAGAGAGGACUGAUACAAUAGAUUCUGCCUUUUUCUAUGGCAGAGCUCAGAUAAUCAGUACAGCAGUGGUGGUCGCAGUCAGCCUGGUGCUGGGUGCGGUAUCUCUGAUAGGUCUCAGCCAGGGCAAUGCUGAGCAGAGAGGCUACCAGGCUUUGAGCAGAACUGCUGUCACAAUCAUCAAUGAUGAGCUGAGGACCCCUGGUGGCUUGGAGGACCCUCAACAACAACAACAGGCACAGAUGGCAAAUUCGCCUGCCUGCAGAAUCAACUCGGAUCUCCACAGUUUCCCUCCAGUCCAGACCAUGCCUGACACCACAACCAGCACACAGAGGGAGCAGACAAAUACAGGCCACAGUGGGGCGCUGUGCGAUGUGCAGCAGCAGAGUUCUUCCUCCUCAGAGCAGCCUCUAAAUCUGCCUCCGCCUGGGCUUCAAACCAGCGAUGAUAACCAGACAGUCAGACACGUUGUGCUGUGUCUGCUGCUGAUUGUCUUCUUGUUAGCGAAUCUGUCCAGCUGUCUGUGGUGGCUGUGCAACAGAGAUCCAGGAAGACUUUACCUUGAACUACAGUUCUUCUGUGCCAUAGCAAAUUAUGGACAGGGUUUCCUGUCCUUUGGGAUCUUUGGCCUGGACAGACACCUCAUCAUCCUGCCUUUUAAAAAGAGGUUGCUUGGCCUGUGGCAGAGCAGGGACAGCGAGGAUUCGAGUCCGCCUGGUGUACCAGAGGAGGUCAGGCUCACCUGUACCCAGUUUGUGCGCUACCACAAAGACCAGUGUGUACAAGACAUUGUACACACACGCAGGUUUGGUGGAGGAGGACUGGAGGAGGAGAAUGGAGUUUUGAGACAUUCCCAUCAGCCCCAGUACCUACACCCACAUCAGGAACUUCAGGAGCCACAGAAUCUGCCCCAGAAUCACCAACCUCACGAUCCAGCAGAGUCCUCUGCCCAGUGUUUGCUUCCACCCCAGCUGGAACCUGAGGAUGAACACAAAGCACAUAUUUCCACCUCUGAUGCUCCAGAGGGGCAGCUUUCCCAGCUCCAGGCUAGUCAAGCUCUUGACAGUGAUCUUCCAUCAAAUCCAUCACCUCUCCAUCAACAUCCCCAGUCCAAUCUUGAAAGCGUGUUUCAGGGCAGUGACCUGGUGGACUGGUUAGUUGAGCGAGGCCUGUGUGCUGGACGGGCCGAGGGCCAACUCUAUGGCAUUCGUCUCCAGCACGGAGGAGUGUUGCAUCACGUGACAGGUCAGUACAGCUUCAGGGAUGUACCCACUCUGCUGUACCGCUUUACACAGAAGAGGGACUGUCCCGAACAUGAAGGAAUAACAAAGGAAGUGGAGGGAGGAAGGUGAGAAGAAAAGGAGAGGGAGUAGGAGGAAGGAAGCCACAGCUACUGUGGCUGUGUGUCAGAAGUGCCUUAUGGUGCAGUUUUACCACUAGAUACUAGCUCUGGCAACUGAGAGACUUAGUUUGAAGCCCCUUUAUAAAUUAACAGGUGAUGUUAGAUAUAACACACACAACAAUGCAAGAACAUCAGACAAUGAGACAAAGGGAUAGCUGGGGUUGUAGAGACAGACUAAGAGGAUAUGAAGAGAAAAGGCAUUUCCAGCUCUGGAACAAAACUUAAUUCCUUUUUUCCUUCUUCACCUCUCUGAACUGAGCUGGCUUUGAUUAAAACUUUGUGAUUUUAGGCACCUUGAGAGGUAAACUGGAUCGAAUUGGUGACCAGUGAAGUGAAUUUUUAUUUUUGGUCUAGAUUUCUGUGAGCCAGUGAACUCCUUAAUGAGGGUUCACAUUUUCAGUGUAUGAAGGACAAAUAAGCUUUUUCUAAGGGCAAGUUGGCAUUCAGCAGCCUGUCCCCACUUAUUGUUCUAUUUAUGGGACAAUAAAUAGUAGAUCAGAGCUGAUGAUACUCUAUUCUUGGCCAUUGAGCUGCAGGGCUGCUUAUUGAAAACCAGUUACGUUCUUGCCUGUUGUUUUCGUUACAUGACAUGAAAUCAGCCGGUUGCUUCAGAAUUUCACUUUUGCAUGCUGUGUCUUUCAGCCACUGGUCUACGUUGACUACUUGCAUGACUCAGAGCAGCAGAGACUUCUCUGAACCUUUUGCACUGACUGAAUUAUAACAUUUCUCAUGUUUGUUAAUUUUUUUAAUUAUGCAACUCGAUGGCUCUUUGUGCUGUAAUGCUGCAGGAGUUGGUUACGUUUUGUGCAAUUGUUGCUAUUGUCUAUUUGGAACUGUCUGUGGUCACAUUACAAUGGAUUUAUUCAGCCAGGGUGGAAAAUUAACAGAUGCUUUUUCUGCUAUGUAAAUCCAACACUAGCUUGAGCUGAAUUGAGCCCAGACCAAGCCUGGCACGAGUUUCUUAAAACCUUAAGGAGACAAGUGUGUAGUUACUUUACAAGAGCGCUUUAUAUGCGACACUCUUUGAAUUUGUCUUUCUUGACACGUUGAAAAGACAAAAUCCUGAACUGACAUAACUUAUAUAGCCUAAUUCUUUGGUCUAGCUGACUGUAUACUGUACCCAGAAGCACUAUUUAACUGUUUACAAAUGAUGUACAGUAGCUGCCACUGAGCGAUGGGCAGCCUCAGCUCCAUUUGCCUGUUAAGUUGCUACUAUGAUGUUACUAUGAAGUUUACAAUGAUUUGGCAGGUUUGCAGAAGACAAAGACAGAUUUUUAUGAGGUGCGACAGUAUGUUGUUGCUAGCCAGGAUCUGUGUGACAGGGUGUUUUACUCCAAGUGUGUUGCUAUGAGUCAAUGAGGGCCAGUGACUGUGUGACCCCGAGAAAGACACAAACAAACUGGUUAGCAUCCAAACUGUCAAAUUUCACUUUGUCACUACACAAUUACUUAUUCUGUUUGUAAAUUCAAAGCCAACAUUUAUUACACUUUAAUACAGUCAACCUGUAUUACACAUGUUGGAUUAAAAAAAAAGAUUGUC